ACCCCGGAUUUGAUGCCCCUUCAAGGCCCCACCGUGUCGAAGACCUAUGGGCGGCGAUGGAACCUUCUCCCGCCCGCGAGGUCGUCUUCGUGCAGUGCCUCAACGACUCGCCAGAAGAAGCCAAAUGGGUAAUGAGCUUGGCCAAGCAGCAUCCCCGCAUCAAGGGCAUCGUGGCUGGACUUGACCCUUCGCAACAGCAGUUCGAGAGUCAUCUGACGGCGCUGAAGGCGGAGGUGCCGAUCCUGGUGGGCGUGAGACAUAUCUUGGACUUGGAACCUCGACCGAAUUAUCUGGAUUAGAGGGUAGCUGUGGUUUUCCGAGCCCUUGCACCGACAUGACAUGACCUUUGACCUGCUCCUGAGACCCCCGCUGCUGGAGGGGGCGACGCUGCUGGCCAGCCGAGUGCCCGAAGCGAGGAUGGUGGUGGAUCACUUGGCCAAACCCUACAUUAAGGCCGGCCAGCUGGACCCGUGGCGCCAACACAUCGCCGCCAUCGCUCGCUUCCCUAAUGUCUACUGCAAGCUCUCGAGCAUGGUGACUGAGGCAGACUGCGAGAAGUGGAAACCAGAGGAUCUUCGUCCGUAUGUCGAGCAUAUGAUAGACGUGUUCGGAUGUGAUCGCCUCAUGUACGGCUCCGACUGGCCCGUGUGUCGCCUCGCUAGAGCGGAUUACGAUACCGUAUUUUCCACUCUUCGCGGACUCCUGAGCCACCUGCCGGAGCAACAGCUGGAAAAGAUCUUCUGCAGCAACGCCAGAAACUUCUACAAAGUCUAGAGCGUUUCGUUGAGUUAUUACUUUGGGUGAUCGAAGAUUUUUUUUUUCUUAUUUUAUCUUCUGUUUUUGUGUGUGUUUUUUCUCCUUUUUGUUUUUUCUUUUUUUUUUCAUUUUUGUUUCUUCUCCAUUUCUUUUCUAUUUUUUCCGUUAACUUAUUUUCCGUUUCUUAAUGUUCGUUUCUGGUUUCUCUUCUUCUUCUGUCCUCCUUAAUAUUAUUAUCUUUUUAUCUUCAUAUAUUUUUCCUCUUUCAUUUCUCCUUCCUCGUCUUCUUUUUCACCAUCUUCUUCAUCUUCAUCUUUUAUCCUUCUUCCCGUAUUUCUUCUGUCACCCACCUCUUCUUAAGUAGCUGUUGAGUGUAAAAAAAAAAUAUUUACAUAUUCAAUAUUGUGAUAUGAUCAUAUACAAUCAAUCUUAUAGGGAACAUCUGACAAAAUAAUGCUAUCUAAAAGAGAAAUAUAUCCAUUUUGUUAAA